UACGAAGCUCCGCUAGAGCCUGGAAACUUUCGCGGGUUCUUCUAGCUGUGGCAGGGGGCCUAAUUACUUCUCUUUUUGCUGCACUAGCCGCCUCAGAUCAGUUCGCUAUCUCCACAUGUCGCUGAGUACAUCCCCAUCUUGUUGAUCCAUAAUCAGGAACACCUUUUAGGAGUAGCCAUAUUAUGGGUGAGUUUACAAUUCAGAUUAGCAAAAACCUUGUUGAUCGGCUUGUUCAAGAUGCGGAUACGUCAAAGAAAUCUAAAAGAACUAAACGGAAGGCAUCAAGAGAGCCUCCAGUGUCCCAAUCAACUGCAAGCCAAAAACAAAUAGGCGAUGAUUUUGUGAAGCCCAGGAGUGAGGCUGCUCCAGCAUGGCCACUGCAGCCUCCUGUGUUCCUGCCAGCAACUCAGUCUGUACAUUCUGCCAAUGCGGAGUUAGAGUCCAUACGAUCUGUGCUUCAGGAAAGUGAGAAAGUUGUGGAGCGAUUGCAGAAGGAGGAGGAGAACAUUUUGCAGAAAGUAACCCAAAAGGCAAAGGAGUUCCGUGAUAAAGAGUAUAAGCUUCCAAAGCCAAAGCCCAGACCAUGCACUGCUGAGUGUCAGGCUUGCUUGUCAUGUUACAAGGAGCACGUCAAGGAUCCCUUGAAAUGCGCUAGUCUGGUUACAAAUUUUGCAGACUGUGUGCGCAGGUUUAGACAGCAAGUUGAACUGAGAAAUGUGUGAAGAGAAAAUUACACAAAUUGAUGGAAAUAAGCCGCAAACUGACAGAAAUACUCAUUGAUUGUUUUUUUUAGUACAUCAUCACCAUUUUUGUUUAUGUUACCUGGCAAAUGCUAAAACUGUUCUCUUGAUGUGCUUGGAAUUCCAGCACGUGCUUGACACCCAUUGUCCAGUUGCACGGAUCUUGCUAAUGCACCCGUCUCUUUUAGGGGGACGCUGGUUGGAUGGUUGUUAAUUUUAGAUGAUGAUCAAGAGUUGACUAGUUUUUCAUUUAGAGUUAA